UUACAUCACCUCCCUUUGGCCGGUCUUUCGUGUUGCCUCACGUCAAACUAGCAUAAUCAAAGCUCAAGAAAAGCCGUCAACGGUCAAACGCAGUCGAAGAUUGGAAGGAAGAGAUUAUCGGAGAUUAUUACAUACAUAAUUAUCACCAUUUUCUGCAGAUGCUUUUGCAACUAACUUGAGGUGAAAUCAUGGAUGACAUGGAUGAAAAUGUGUCUGCAGCCUUUGUCCAAAAGUGUUACUUUUGUCGCCAAUUCUUGCUUGGCAUCGGCGAUGGCAUUCCCUUAUCCAAAGCCAACAAAGAAAGACUAUCCAAAUGGUGGAAUCUGAAUAUUGGCUCACCUUUCUAUCAAGAUACAAUCUCCUUGAGCUGGUGCUGCAAAAAUUGCAUUGAAGAUGCACGUUUUUACCACAAACACACUAAAGGAAGUUAUGAUCUGAUUUGGUGGCCCCAACAAAGCAAAGAGUCUGAACUAAUUGAUUCGACCUCUAGAUUAGAACCAGUGGUGGAAAUAAAAAGACUGUCACCUGAGGUUGAGCCGGUGGAGGACCUUCCAGCUCCACCUGAACCUGAUGUCCAGCAGACCCCAAACAGAAAGAGAGGACGGCCUACAAAAAUGUCUGCCGAGGUCACCCCAAAGUUUGAGCCAAAUGACCCUUCAGCCUCAACUCAACCUGACAAUGUUGAUGCUCCUAAGAAAAAGAAAAGACAAGGACCACCUGCUAAACAGAAAUCAACCCUCAGCUGGCUGAAGGUCAAGUUGGUGGAUACAAAUGUAAAUAAUACAGCUCCAGUCCAAAUCAUCGAGACCGAACCAACGGUCGUUGACCCUGAAGUUAAUGAUAAGGAGAGCACUGGGAAUGUGUCCUUCAAAAAAGGACAUACUUUCAAGUGUAAUUACUGUGACGCAGAGUUCAAUAGUUCCAAGCAGACCCUGAGCCACUCAAAACAGAAGCAUCCGCUCCAUUUCAUUCAGUGCCCUGUGGAGAAAUGCAAACGUUCUUUUACGAUUCCUGAAAAUCUGGUCCUACACAUCAACAACAAACACAACAACGAGAUAAUAGAUGAUAAAGGAAUGUUCACCUGCCCUCACUGCAGCUCCAAGCACAUUAAUAUGAAGGCAGUGAAAAAGCAUGUGAAGAAAAUCCACCCUGAGCACUACUUCAAAUGUUCCAUGGGCUGCAACUAUUGCUUUAUUGGUAAAGCUGAACUUGAGAGACACCUUAAGACACACCAUGCAUAUGUAAAAAUUUACCAGAAGAACCCACCUGAAGAAAAUCAGAGGGUGACGAGAAGCAUAACAAAAGAAGUGCCUCCACCUCCAAUGGUCCCAGCAGAAGCCAUCGAACCAAAAGCUGUCUCAGAUGAAAAACCUCCUGUCUUUGCUGACCUGGGAAUGAAGAAGUUUGUCGAUUACUCAUUUGUAGAAGAAGAUCCGUAUGACGAUGAUGUGCAGUGUCUGCUGUGCAAGUUUUGGAACAAGAGGUCGCGCAUGCCCCAGCACAGGAUGGAGGCCGCCUGCCCUUUCUGCAAAAAAUGGUACGCCUGUGUGGGAAUGCGCAACAAGCACGUAUGGGUCGGAUGCAGUGAAGAUAAGAAAAAACCAGAAGAUGAGGGCAAACUCAUUGCCACCUUUAAGUUCAAUCUUUAAAGCACCUCUCACAAUCAAUCAUUCUUUCUUUUUCCUUAUUUAAUAAAUUAUUCUUAAAUUGA